AUGCCUACCAAUUCUCAGUCACAACAGAAAAAAUAUAUUUGUUCGUAUUGUGGUAAGCCUUUCUCAAGGUCGGAACAUAAAGCUAGACAUGAAAGAUCACAUACUGGUGUGAAACCAUUUGAGUGUAAAGUCUGCCGACAUUCGUUCGUGCGACGUGAUCUGCUACAGAGGCACAUACGUACGGUUCACCGGGAACUAUUGCUGGUGGAGAGUAGCUUGGAGCCUGCGGCUGGUUCGUCCAAGGGUGAUUUGAUGUUGGAAUUGCGGGUCAAUUCUAUGAUCAAAGUUAGUGGGGACGAUAAAAGAGUUGACAAGUGCAGGCCAUUGGUCUAUGUGCCAGACAAAGGUGCCAAGCGUAAGAGAAGGCGCAGGGAAGAGUCAGAAGUGUUGUCACAGGAAACCAUCAAUGCGGUAUGCGACUUGGUUAAGGAUGCUGUAGGUGCAGAUUCUGUAACGAAAUUGUACGCACGAGGCAUGGAACAUCUAACGGAGAGGAAUGUGUUUGUUCACAGUGUGAUGUCACACUCCGGUACCUUGCUCGCGGCAACGAUCGCCUGUUUGGGUUCUUAUUUAGAGUGUUCUGAAGACAAGGCGAGUGAUUUGUGGCAUGUAUGCUGGAACAAGUGCCUACAGGAGUCCUCGCUUGUGUCGAUGAAUUUGCUGGUGCACGCAUUGUUAUUGUUUAGCCGCCAUCAUCAUACCGAGGCGGGGAUACGUCACGUGUUCAUAUCGUAUCAACAAGUUUUUACCGAGUAUAUCAAGGAACCUAAAGAUAAAUUCGAUCACGAUGAGACUUGGCUCAUAUUCCAGAUCUGGGUAUCAUUGCUCCGAGCUUUGAACAAGUCAAACAGCUUGUCCGGUUCGAUAUACGAAUGGUUCUUGCAACAAAAGGUAUCAAAUGACUGUACUUUAAAAGAUUUGGUCUUCCAAGUAGUACUGAACAACAACAAAUGGCACUUAACCACUUUGAAUUUGGUCGCUGAUGCAUUGUAUUGCGAUUGGAUCAUUGAGCACUUGCAAUUCAAAGAUCCUCAAGACUACCACAAUGCUAUCAUGAUGCUCAACAGGAAGUUUGCGCAAGAUUCUGUUGUUCCUAAUGAUGUUUUGCACAAGCUAAACUUGAUUGACUUGCCCACAAAGUUUUCAUCUUCCUUGUCGCAAUAUUUGAUCCCCGUACAGUCUGAGAGCCACUGGUUACUGUUGGAGACAACUUGGUUCAACCUCAUUAAAGCGUUCAACGUUAAACAAGACAAUGAACGUUGGUUUAUGGACUCCAUGGCUGAGUUCCCUACAAUCUUUAUCGAUUCAGCAAUGAUCAACGAGAUUUUUAUCAAAUGUUGUUUGCCAAUAUUCCCAUUGAUUGAAAAUCCGAACGGGUUAAACGCAAGAUACGUUUCCCUAAUAUCCGACGUGGUCAUUUUCCUUGUAAGGUUAUUCGAGUUUGAAUUAUCUAUCAGCAACAACAAAUACUGUCCACAUAGACUUAUUGGACUUUUGAAAAAUCCCAUGAUACAACUUUUGAUCUUCGUCGGCUACCGUUUAACCAGUCGACGUGGUCAUACACAGCAGGAGAGUAUAGCAAUUGAUCAUUUUAUCAACAGGUACGUGAUCAAUUGCAAUGAACUCUUAGACAAAUACACACAAGAAGAAUUGACCCAUAAUUUAUUCGACUCCCAAUCAAUUGCAUAUGUCGGUUUCCACGAAUUGGUCCAGUCGUUUGUCACCUAUUUGAAAGAAUCCAUCAUUAAGGAAAGAUUGAUGAGGAUUCCACAUCUCAAUCAUGACAUCAAAUUGCAUCUAUUCGAUUUUUCACAAAGGCAUUAUGAUCACCAUAGUCAUCAGUUAUCAGAACUGCAGGCGGGAAGAAGGCUCACAGAGACAUGGAAUUCGCCACAACAGCCCAUCUGGAUGUAUUCACCACAGUCGUCACGUUCCAUGUCCAUAGACUCCUCGACAAAUGAUCAUCGGCAGUCCAUUACAAGUGUGAGUAUGUCAAAUUCCGUCAGCAUGGAAUCUUCGACUUUUGGAGAUCCCAAUAUUGUGCUGCCACGGUUGAACAUUAGCGCUGUGCGCAGAUCAAGCAAUGAAACUGCGCAACAUCCCAAUUACUACAUGUAUGAACCUGCUGACCCAAUGUCUAGUCAAAGGACUCCAACUCAUGGUAGACCAACGUUUACCAAUCCAAAAUUUUCUAAUAUGGAUGGAGUUUUCCUAGACAAUAGUCAUAAUGUAGAGACAAGUCCAAGAACGGUGACGAACUCAACGGUCAAAUUACCUCCGCCGUCAGAGUUAUUUGGUGUAUCUUCAAAAUAA